ACUCAAAUUCAAAAUUUCCGUACAUAAUCAACUAGUCCAAAUUUCUAUCCAUUUUGAUUCAUUUUCAUUACAAAUAUGUGAUCUGGGAGUUUUUGCCAGUUCUAAACGCAGUCGAAACAUAUAAUAAAAAAUGUAUCCGCAAAAAAUUUCCCAAUCGAUUGUAUCAUCUCAACCUAACCUCGGAAAUUUCUUCAAAGAAAACAUGCCCCGAUUCUAUUUCAUCAAAUACAACAUGUUACUUCGCAGAAAGUUAGGAGAAUGCAAGAAUUUCAAAGACGUGAACAAGAAAAUCCGCGAUUUAAUCAAGAACGGCAAUUUCUACAGAAUAUUCCUGCAAGCUCCUCAGACCUCCAGGAACGGAGCAAACAACCUCCUCAAAGUAUGGGCCCACCACUGUGAAUGUGUACUCGCCCAGAGGCUGAGAAGAUGCCAUCAAAUGUUUUGCCUCUACUCGAAGUGGUGGGAAGAGAAGGCUCUAAAGGACUUCAUGAGGAAAAUGCGCCAGAGUCUAGCAAAAAAAGGUAAAGAGUUUGCUUUGGGCACUGUAGGUGUGUCUUUGUACAACUGGGAAGAAAACAGGAUACCAGAUGAAGACAUCAAGAAGCACAGUGGGGAGUUUGAGUAUAUCAAGACUCUCAAAGACAACACUAUAUGUUUAUCCUGUGACCCUACACAGAGAACCAGUAAUAACACUAGAAUUUGUGAGUGUGGGACCACUGGUAAACUUCCCACCAAAACUUAUGAUGAAUGGGUGCCUUUUAUUGAGAAAACUGAUUUGAUUGUUUGGAGGAAGCCCCACAGCUCUGGCCAGUCAGAGUAUAAAGUGUUUGGAUCCUAUGCGGAUGUGUCUGCUGAGGAUUUCUUGAAUACACAGAUUGAUAUAGAUUAUAGAAGGAAAUGGGACAAUACUGCUGUGGUUUUGGAAGUUGGAGAAACUGAUACUGACUCAAAUUCAAAUAGUGAUAUCAUUUAUUGGGAAAUGCUGUGGCCAAGGCUCUUUGUGAAUCGAGACUACGUUUUCCACCGUCGUUAUCUAGUCGACGAAGAAACGAACACCAUAUACAUAGUGUCACGAAGCACAGAGUACCCGAAAUUUCCGAAAUAUCCAGAGAAAUUUCGCAUAGAAGACUAUUGGUCCUACAUGGUCAUAAAACCCUAUGAAGACAUGAAGAAACCUGGCCUCGAGUUCAGUCUGACCUACUUCGACAAUCCCGGCGUCAACGUGCCGUCAUCUGUGACCAUGUGGGUGGCCACCAGGGCCAUGCCCGAUUUUCUGGCCAGACUGCGCGAAGCGGCGAAAAACUACAAGAGCUAUUGCCUGUCGGAGGGCGUCAGCCAAGCGUGCAAGGUGGUGAUAGAGGAAGAACGAUUGGCCGAGGCCCAGAGGCAGAAAGAGAAGCUGGAUUACUGCAGUUUUCUGCCGAAAAAAUUGAAAACGAUGUACCCGGAAUUCGAGCCGAUCGAGAUUUUGCUGCAGCAGUUCGACGCUAAUUUGAACAUAAGCGAUAGGAGUAAAAACGUGGAGAAAAAAGUAGAUAAAGAUGCUUCUGAUGAUGCCAAAUCGGAAAGCGGUGAUUUUUGGAAGUAUCUACAUCCUAUGUAUUAUUUUCAUUGAUUUUUUUUCUUAGAAGUUGUAAAUAAUAGAAUGAGCAUUAUAGGUUUUUUUGAAUUUGAUUUGUCCAUUUUUGACACUGUUCUGUGACAGCUGAGUGUAUUAUGUGGUUAGACUGACAGUUUUAUAUGUUGUUACCGUUUUUUCACAGUGACUGACUGAUAUUAUACAGAAAUUCUU